AUGAAUAGCUGCACAAUGUUUUGUGACAAUUCUGACUAUGAUGCAAUUAUUAGGCGACUUGAACUUUUGAAGAACAAGUUCCCAAACAAUAAGAUAUUUACUUGGAUUAGUGAACAUGGAAAUGAAGAAGAAACACUAUCAUAUGAUGGUCUCAUAAAAUCUGCUCAGAUAAUAUCCCACUUUUUACUUAAUGAACUUGGUUUAAAGAGGGGUGAGCGAGUAUUAUUAUGUUUUGCCCCUGGGAUUAGUUUUAUUCGUUCAUUUUAUGGAUGCCUUGCAAGUGGAAUAGUUGCUGUUCCAGUUUACCCUGCAGAUCCUAGUAACCCUGCUCAAGUAAAUAGACUACGAAAUAUUGUUGAUUCAAGUUCAGCGAAAGUAUGCCUUACUGAUCAAAAUUACAAUAGGAUUAUCUCACUUGCUAAAAUAAGAUAUUUCAGUGAACCAGUAUGGAACUCUUUAUCAUGGCAUUCAUCUGACAAGAUAAUAAGUGAUUACAUUGACUGCCUUUCUUUAUUGAGAAAAAGUGAUAGUAACAAGGAGAAUAAAUGUGGGAAUGCUGAUUCAUCUCAACAAUCUAUUUCCAAAGAGAGUAUGUUUUAUCGAAAAAAGAAAAAUAAAAUCAUAAAUUAUGAAUACCCAAAAUGUACACCAGAUUCCAUAGCAUUUCUUCAAUUUACUUCUGGUUCAACUGGUUCUCCUAAAGGAGUAGCCAUUACUCAUGGUUCAUUAUUGCAUAAUUGUAUUGCUUGCUUGAGAUCAUAUCAACUUCCAUUUGAUGCAGAAACAGGUGAGAUUGAUAUUUCUUACAAAGGAAAAAUGGAUGAUAUACCAGUAUAUGAAUAUCUUGAUAAAUUGAUCGAAUUUAACUUAAGAUUUGUUUCUAAAUUUGGAUAUCCUGUAAAAUCUUUAUCGUGGUUGCCGAUGUAUCAUGAUAUGGGUCUAAUAGGAUUUAUUGUAGCACCACCAUUAUUUGGAGUUGAAUCAUACCUUUUAUCACCACUUUCAUUUAUCAAAAACCCAUCUAUAUGGUUGAAGCUUAUAGCAAAGUAUAAAGUAGUGGCAUCUGCUGCGCCUAACUUUGCCUUUGAUUAUGUAUGCAAGAAGAUAACCGAGAAAGAUAUAUUAGAGAUAAAAGAACAUGGAGGCUUAGCUUCAUUAAAAUAUGGUGGGAUCCUUAAUGGGUCCGAACCGAUUCGAUUAGCUACAAUUGAGAGGUUUAGUAUAAUGUUUUCAGAAGUUGGGUUUUGCGCUUCAUCACUUAUUCCUGCGUAUGGCAUGGCUGAAAAUACUCUACUCAUUAGUGGACUUAGAAGAUUCCCAUUAUUAGGUCCAAGAAUCCUUACGGUGAAAUCAAGUGAAUUAUCUAUAAAUGAUCCUGUAAUCGUUGUAAAGGACUUUAGAUUACUUUGCUCUUGUCCUAGCUGUAAGAAAAGAGAAGAUUUGGCUAAGUUACAGUUCAGUAGUUUGGUAAAAUCAGAAUUCAAACAUAUAAUUGGCUGUGGACUUGCAGCAGUUCCUAAUGAUUGUAUAGUAGUAGUUGAUCCACAAACAAAGAAUGAGUUACCUCCCGGUUACAUUGGAGAAAUCUGGAUAUCAUCUAAAAGUAAAGGUGCUGGGUAUGUAAAUUUAGAUGAGCUCUCUAGAGAUACAUUUUUCGCAGAAAUAAGAUCUAAUUUGAAAUACCAAAGUAAAAAAUUUUUGAGAACAGGUGACUUGGGAUUUAUUUACGAUUCCGAAGUAUUUAUUGUUGGUCGUGAGAAAGAUGUUAUUAUUAUUAGAGGAAAGAACUACUAUCCACAAGACAUUGAACAAGCAGUUGAUUCUGCGCACGAUAGUAUUCGUCCUGGCUGUAAUGUUGCAUUUUCAGUAGAUGUAGAUGGGGAGGAAAAAAUUGUUGUUGUUGCUGAAGUGAGAAAAGACAUUGUUUCAAGCCAUAGUAGUGGUAUUGCAUCAAAAUUUUUGAACUAUUUCACAAAUACUAAAAGUAAUGACAAAAUAUAUGAAGUUCGUGAUCAAAUCAUUAGGGCAGUACGUAGAAAUACUGGACUUGAUAUCUACAGAAUUGUUAUCAUUAUGCAGAAGUCACUGCCUAAAACAUCAAGUGGGAAGGUUCAACGUAGGAAAACUAAAAAGAUAAUAUUAAAUGGUGAAUUAGGAAAUUCAAUACUUCUUGACGAGUGUAACCUUGAGAAAUCCGUAUUAAAUACAGUAAUUAACCCACAUGUGGGAGAAACAAACUUAAUUAAAGAAGACGCAUAUGAGGACUAUCAUUCUGUAUGCAGCGAGAUACCUUUACGUGAAGACUUAGUAGAAGCUGUUAUGAGUAUUGUGAAAACUAUACUUGGUGAUAACUAUGCUCCAAAUUUAGAUGAUUCUCUGCUAGAACUCGGAUUUGAAUCAAUGAAAGCUGUUGAGGUCAGUACUGCGCUAUCACAUGAGUUUAAUUUGGAUUUACCUGCAACUCUUGUUUUUGAUUAUCCUACUUUAAGAUUAAUAAUUGAAUACAUUGAACGCAUUAGACAAGGGAAUCAUUCUUCAAUUAUCCUAUCAAGUAAUUACAAGAAUGAUCCUAGUAAUAAACAAUUUGUAAUAUCUGCUAUAUCUACUCAUUUACCAGGCUCUUGGUACCGUAACUCAUACUCAGAAUUUUGGGAACUUCUAUGUUCUGGAAAAACUGCAACUCGAUCUGUACCUUAUGGGAGAUGGGAUACUUUGCGUUAUCAUAAUGGCAAAGCAUAUACUUUUGAUUUGACAAAUAAGCAAAGCUACUAUACUGAUAUUGGAGGCUUCUUAAAUGGUGUCGAGUACUUCAGCUAUGGGAAAUUCAAAAUAUCUGAAAAGGAAGCUCUAUUAAUGGACCCACAGCAACGCUUAGUAGUAAGUAAUGUAUAUAACAUAACCAAGAAUAUUGGGAAUUAUCAAAAUAAUCUGAUUGGAGUGUAUAUUGCUAGUUGUUCCAAUGAUUGGAGCCAAAUAUUAUCAUCCUCGGGUACAGAACCAUCAGCAUACACAAGUACAGGAAGUUCACCUUCAAUAUUGGCUAAUCGCAUAUCAUUCAUUAAUAAUUUCACAGGCCCUUCAAUUACAGUUGAUAGUGCUUGCUCUUCAAGUUUAGUUGCAAUAGAUGUAGCACUUCAUCACUUAAACUCAAAUUCGUGUUCUUGUGCAAUAGUUGUAGGGGUCAAUACAAUCCUUAACCCAGCUGUUUAUGCAUCUUUCUGUAAAUCAAGAAUGCUUUCUAUAAGUGGAGUAUGUAAACCCUUUGAUGGCAGCGCAGAUGGAUUUGUGAGAGGUGAAGGUUGUAUUGCAAUUGCAAUAGAAAGUUCGAAUUUAGCUACUAGAAAAAUUGCAACAAUUACUGCAUCUUCUGUUAAACAAGAUGGGAAAAGUACAACACUAACUGCUCCAAAGGGUAUAUCUCAGCAAAUUACUAUACAAACUUGCCUUUUGAAUGCAAACUUACAUCCGCAACAUAUUCACUAUGUAGAGUCCCAUGGUACUGGUACUCCUUUGGGAGAUCCUAUUGAAAUUAGUGCAUUAUCCAAAGUAUUUCUUAAAGAAGAUGGAAAAAGGAGGAUAUUCCAUGAUAGAGAAGUUCCAUUAGUAAUUGGAGCAGUCAAAGCUAAUAUUGGACACUUAGAAGGUGCAGCUGGAAUGGCAGGGGUACUAAAAACAAUUCUUUUGAUGUCAAAAAGAUACUGUCCAGGUAUUACGAAUUUUAAUUAUCUGAAUCAACAUAUCAAUACACUUCUUGCUAAUAAUGAAGAUUCUAAAAAACUUGGGUUUUUAUUUAACAAAACUAAUAAUGGAAUAACAUUUGAGGAACUAGGUUAUGAAAGAGGGGAGUUGUUAAAUUGCGGAAUAUCCUCUUUUGGAUUCGGUGGGACUAAUGCUCAUGUAAUACUUUCUGAAGGAAUAGAUAUUGACAAUAUAUGGAACUAUGAACUAGAAAUAAAAGAAAAUGUGCAAAGUGACAGUUACAUGCCAUGGACAGCAAGGUUUCACCCAUUUAUCACAUCCAAGGAAGAAAUAGAGAAAUUGUGGAUUUACUCAACAGAUAUGUGUGCAAUAUUAGGCUAUGUUAAAGAACAUGUAAUUCAAAAUCAAAUAAUUUUUCCAGCUUCAGGGCUUAUUGAACUAACAGUGGCAGUUGCAAAACUUGCCUGUAUAGAUAAAAUAUUUAAGGAAGAUAUUUGCGUUGUUACUUCAAGUUUAAUAAAUAAUAGAAAUACUUUAAUUGAAGACUUAAAUAGCUCUGAAACAAAUAAGUUUACUAAUCAAACAAUAAUUUCAUUAGUCCUCACAGCACCUAUUAUAAUUCGAAAUAUUGAAAUCCUUAAACCAAUACUAAUAGACCCGAAAUAUAAUCAACAUGUCCUCAAAACUUCAAUUGAUAUGUCACUUGGAGAUUUGAGAAUAAGUUCAAACAAUGUAAUCCACCUAACUGGAAAUGUAAAAUUACUCUUGGAUGAGAUAGUAACAACAGAAAUUAUUGAAAAGAGCGAGUUAAUGCUCACUAACUUUAAAAAAAAUUGCGUUAAUAAGAUCGAAAAAGAAAGACUAUAUUUGCUACUAAGAAAAAUAGGGCUUGAUUAUAGAGGUACUUAUAGAGGAGUUGAAUAUAUAUAUAUUGGAGAAAGUAUGGGAUUUGGAAAAAUUUUGACUGAAAAUUACUCAACUAAAACAUUUACUAUUGCUCCUUGGAUACUUGAUUCUGCCUUCCAUGUUGCAGGUGGUAUCUUAUUACUCGAUAGAAAUUUAUCCCUUCCAUAUAUUCCUGCUUAUUUUGAAGAGGUAUAUAUAUAUUCUGUACCAGAAGAGUGUCACUCAUUAUACUCACUAGUAAAUAUUCUUCGGUAUGAUGAGUCAUCUGCGAGAUGUGAUAUAUCACUUGUCGACAAAUUUGGAAAACCUGUUGUACUAUUAAGUGGUAUUACAUUUGUAAAGUAUGUAUCUAAUAAAGAAGAACUUUACCCAAAUUCACCAAUAUCUGGCUUGGAAUCAGAUGUAAAUAUCUUAAGGAAUGACGUAUUGGAUAAUUGUCCAGUCGAUUUUACUCUGGACUAUCGAAAAAUGGAUUGGAUUCCUUUGUUGGUUUCAGAUAUAGAGAGUCUAUCAAAUUCUAAAGUCAAAAAUUUAAUUUUUAUUACUUCUUUGUUAACUCCAUUACAGGAAAAGUCACAAUUUAGUCAUUUCAUAAAAAUAGUAAAUGAAGAUGAACUGCUCAAACAUGACUUAAAAUUAUUUUCGCGUGCUAUAAUUCUUGAAAAUGAUAUAGAGACUAUCUCUCGAAUAUUGAUUUUAAUAGGAUCCAGUAUAAAGGUGUCAGUAGUAACAAAAAAUGCUAUUCCUAUUAAAACAGCAGCUCAAUCUUCGAUUGAAAUACCAAUAAAUAGCAUUACUUGGGACUUUAUUCAGGACAAGCACUCCAACUUGUAUACUUCAUUGUCAUUCAUUGAUAUUUAUUCUUUUGAAGAACCUAUUGAUCAAAUCUUGUUUGGUAUAAUUACUCUUGAAAAACUGGAUGCGCAAAUGAUAAAAUCUGAUCCAUUUAUACUUCCGCACGUAGUUGUAAGGGAAGGUAAUAACACAUAUACUUCUCACUCAGAAACUAUCUUUAUUGGUUAUAUUUCAGAAUAUUUGAAAGUUUUUGAUAACUUUGGACAGAAACAUAUAGAGUAUAAACUAAAGGCAAGGGGUAAGCUAAGUAAUUUUGAGCGUCAUUAUGUUGAUGAAAUUAAAAAUCAAAUUGUAUUAUCACCAAAUGAAAUUAGAGUACAAAUUAAAGCAGUUGGACUUAAUUUCCGAGAUGUCCUUAAUGUAAUGAAUCUAUAUCCUGGGGAUCCUGGCGAGCCAGGAAGUGACUUUUCUGGAAUAAUAACAGAAAAGGGCAGUGAUGUACAUUUAUAUUCUGUAGGAGAUCAGGUAUGGGGAUUUGCAAAGGGUUGUUUUAAGUCUCACAUAGUUACAGUUCAAAAUUUAGUAUCUAUAAAACCUGCUUCAUUAACAUUUGAGGAAGCAGCUGCAUUACCAGCUAUAUAUUGUACAGUUGAGGCAGCAUUUAGAGAUUUAGCAAAAGUGAAGAGCGGAGAUUUCGUCCUAAUCCAUGCUUCAACUGGCGGAGUUGGUAUUGCUGCAAUUCAAUAUUGCCUUAAUGUUGGUGCCAUCAUAUUUGCUACUUGCUCUUCAGCUAAUAAGAGAGAGUGGCUGAGAGGAUUGGGUGUACAAUAUAUCACUAGUUCUAGAGAUCCUGAUAUAUUUGAUCAAGAAAUAAAAAUACUACUAUCUUUAGCUUCUAACAGAUACAGACUUGGCAAAGUGAGUAAACUGGAUAUAGUUUUAAAUUGUUUGGGUGAAAAAUUUAUUAUUAAUUCUCUAAACCAUAUAAAAGAGGAUGGGAUAUUUGUUGAGCUUGGUAAACGACAUAUUCUACAACAGGAGGAUAUGAAGAAAAUUAAACAGGGAGUUAAUUAUCACAUUUUAGCUAUAGAUGAUUUAGUUUCAAAUAAUCCAAAUUACAUCCAUGAUUUGUUAUCUAGAUAUAAUAAUUACUUCAUGAAUUUCCAAAAUCCAAUUUUGCCAGUUAAAUCAUUUAAUAUAGAUUCAUGUACUCUUGAUGCUUUUAGAUACAUGCAAAGGGCUAUACAUAUAGGAAAAAUUGUUGUUACAAUGCCUCCUCCCUAUACGCUUAUGUUUGAGAUUUUAGCUGGUGAUAAUGAUGUUCUUGAUAGAGCUCUCAAACAUGGAAGAAAGUGUGUGGAAAAUUUUGAUGGAUCCUUAGAUAUUAUGGAAAUUAAUCAAUGGGUCAAUGAUAAUCAACAAGGUAGUAUAAUUAAAGGAGAACUUUUCCCUUUGAUCAAAGAUCUACUAUCAAGAGAUAGUCAAGACAACCCUAUUAAGAUAGUUGAGAAAUACGAGUCCAUAGUAGUUAAGUUAUUUUUAGAUAGUUUAAAGAUCCCUGCAGAAACUAUCCAUUUAAUUGCAAAUAGCCAUAAAUCAAGCGGAAUAACAAUUAAAGUACUUUUUGAUAUUCCAAUAUUGGUUGAGUCAAUAACAAAAAAAAUAUGUGAUAUGAUUGGAUAUACAAAUAACCAAUUGCAUAUAUUUAUCUGCACAGAUAGAGUCGAGCGCAGAACUAUUAUUCAAAAUAAUAUAAAAAUUGAUUACUAUCCCAACUUGAACGGAAUUGAUACUGGAAGUAUACAUAUUGCAGUAAUUACUGCCUCUAUGCUUCUAGGAAAACUUUCUUAUGUUGCUACAAUUAGAAAUAUUAUACCUUUUCUAAAACCACAUGGAUUAUUAUUUGUUUUAAAUCCAUUUGGUAAUGGAAAACUGAGCAGCAUUAUUAGACAAUUAUACCAGCAAUUUUCAGCAAAAAUAAGGAUUCCCAUGGAUAUAAAUAAGACUGAAGAGAUUUUAAUAGAUGUUGAUGAUACUUUUAGGGCCAUAGCAGAGGAUAAAAAGGGAAUAAUUCGAUUGUUUGCCAGUAGUAAAUUACAUUCCCAGACGAAAUUGAUUACAAACUCAAGUAUUUCUGAAUUAUCCUUUAAGAGGGGAUAUCAUAUUAUUAUUUGUCCAGAUUUAGAUGAGGUAUCCCUAAUGGCUGCUAUUCAAAUACUUAAAGAGGCAGGUGCUAAAAACUUUAUUUUUGUUGUGUUAAGCAACAAUUUUUUAAACAUUCCAAAUAUAACAAUAAUUAAACUAAAUGCUGAACAAUUUGAUAUACAACUAUUGGAAAGACUUGAAGAAUCAGGUAUAAGAGAAAUUAGUGGAAUGAUAUGUCUUCCAUUUAAUAAUAAAGAAAGUAGUUUCCUUUUCAAAUUUUUCUGGAAAAUGCACUUUGCAUCAACAAAAAUAUCAUCGAGAAGUCUUCAGUAUUUCUUACUAUGCUCACAUGGAGAUUCUAAUAUGACGAUAAUUGAGAGUUUAUGUAGAUAUAGAAGAAAUAUAGGUCUUGUAGGUGAAAUUGCAAUUUGGAGGUAUGGAUCUAAUUUGGCUAAAAAUGUCAAUCAAUCCUUUAUUCAAAGUGCAAUACGCUUUGCAAUAAUGAGACACACGACAACUUUGACCUUGACAAAGUGCAAAUCAGAUGAAGAUAAAUUAGUUGUUUUAAAUUCAGUUAGCUCCAAAAAUACUAAUGCUUUGGAAAUUCUACGUCAAGCAUUAGGGGAAGUUUCUGGAGUAGAUAUUUCGAAUUUUAGUAUAGAUGCACCUUUAUCAAAUUUGGGGCUCGAUUCCUUAUCAGCUGUGGAAAUGAGAAAUAUUCUCUCAUCACGUACUGGAAUAAAUCUCUCUGCAACUAUCUUAUUUGAUUAUCCAACACUUUCCCAGCUAGCUAAGCAUAUUGAUGACAUAAUUGAAAUGAAUGAGGUAAAUUCUGAUAAUAGGAACUUAAUAGUCAAUUGUCAAUCCAAAGUUAGUGAAUUUAUUGCACUAUCACGGCGAAUACCUCAUUUAAGAAACGUAGUAUUUGGGAGUCAAUUAAAUACUACCUAUAGAGCUAAAAGCUUAGCUAUAACUGGUAUAAGUUGCAUAUUGCCUGGUAAUUCGACAACUCCUAGCAAAUUUUGGGAUAAUGUACUUGCCCCAGUUAGUUCUUGUAUAAGUGAAAUACCUUUAAAUCGUUUUGAUAUUGACGAAUUUUACAUUCCAUUUGAAGAUUUUAAUAAUUUUCUUUAUGCCAAUAAAAAUGUUACAUAUUCCAGACAUGGUGCAUUUAUUAAAGAUAUUGAACUUUUUGAUUAUCUCUCUUUUGGUAUAACUGCACAAGAAGCUUUUACAAUGGAUCCUCAACAAAGAAUUUUGUUAGAAACUACUUCUUGUGCACUAAAUACUUCAGGGUUAAACGCUUUUAAAAUUGAAAAUGAAGAGAUAGGAGUUUAUAUUGGAUGCUGUUGCACUGACUGGAAUUAUCUGUCCACAAAGUUAAACAUAAACCCAACAUCAUUUACAGCAACCGGGGCAGCAGCUUCUAUAAUUGCUAAUAGAAUAUCUUUUGUAUAUGGAAUUAAAGGACCAUCAGUAACUAUUGAUACUGCCUGUUCUUCAUCAUUAGUUGCUGUUGAUAUGGCUUUCAAUAAUAUUAGUGUUGGGAAUAUUAAGACUGCAAUAGUUGCUGGAGUACAACUUAUAUUAGCACCCUCAUACUAUAUUGUCUUUUCUAAGGCUAAUAUGUUGAGUCCACUGGGAUUAUCAAAAACGUUUGAUACUACUGCAGAUGGUUUUGCAAGGGGUGAGGGAUGUGUAGCAUUAAUUAUAGAAGAUGCUGACACGGUAUUAAAUAAGCAAAUUUAUGGUAUUAUUCGUGGGACUGGUGUAAACCAGGAUGGCAAAAGCGCAUCUUUAACAGCACCCAAUGGGCCUUCACAAAGAAAAGUCAUUCAAAAAACUUUAGAAAUUGCAGAACUCCUUCCAAACGAUAUAAAUUAUAUUGAGACACAUGGAACUGGUACUCCAUUGGGUGAUCCAAUUGAGUUCGGUGCAAUAAAGGAUGUUUUUAGUAAGGAAAGGAGGAGUGGUGAGCCUCUAUACCUUGGUACACUAAAGCCAAAUAUAGGUCACUUGGAAGGGGCAUCUGGAAUCUCAGGAAUUUUAAAAGCUUUGCUCGUGCUAAGUAGAAAGAUCUUACCAGGGAAUUCUUUCAUUAAAAAUAUGAACACCCAUAUAGAUACAAACAGUACUCAAGGUAAUAUCAAUAUACCUUUGUAUCCAACUAUUCUAAAGGGACAGAAACUAUUUGCCGGAAUUUCCUCCUUUGGAUUUGGAGGAACUAAUGCACAUGUAAUAAUAGAAUCAAGCCCAAAUGAUAUUUUUUGGAAUGAACCAAAUAUUCAAUUUGAGCGCAAAGCACUACCUUGGAUAGUACCUGCACAUCCUUUUAUAGGUCCUAGGGUUUCAGGCUUCAUGCCACCUGUUGAUCCAGCCUCUAUCGGGCUAAUAAUGAACAACUCAAAUGAAAUAUACCUAGAACCCAAGCCAAAAAGUUCUGAAAUAUGUCGCUAUAUAAGGUAUAUUGGUGAAACAGUAUACAAUAUUGUAUCAGGGCACCAGAUACAUGGAGAAGUAGUUUUCCCAGCAGCAGCUUUUAUUGAGACUUUUUUUGGGGGGGCAAUAAACUACUCUAAUGCUCAAGGAAUUAAUAACAAAACAAUUGCAUAUACUUUCAAAAAUAUAAGAUUUUUCUCUCCUUUAAUAUUACCCCUUAAUUUGACACUAACUUCAUCAAAGUUGAUAUUGGAUAUUAAUUAUAACAAAAUGAACUUAACUCAAUCAAUUGAUCUUUCUAUAUAUACUGUAGGAAUCGACAUAUUUGAAGAUGAUGAAUUGUUACACUCCAGCACUUCUUUAAAUAUUGAGACUUUUGAACCCGAUGAGACUACUGGGAAAGUAUUGGAUUUGUCAAGACUUGAAAAUGACAUGGAUAGUAACUUUUCAAUAGAUGGAUUUUAUCAAGAUAUUUCGAAAUUAGGUUUUGAAUAUAAAAACUCAUACAAGACUCUUAAAAAAAUUUAUUUAGAUGAUGAAUGUACAUAUGGGCUUGUUGAACUAUCUGAAAUGACAGGAUUUAACUAUUCCUUGUGUAUACAUCCUAGCUUAUUAGAUGGUUGCUUCCAUGCCGUUGCAGUAUCUAUUGUUGCCAAACAUCUGGGAGAUGGAUCUAAAAUGUUCUAUAUACCAGUAAAUAUUGAGAGAAUUCAAUUAAUACCUACAAAUUAUAGGCAAAAUAUCGCUUUUACUCAUAGUUCCUUUUUAAAUACCAACUUUGGGAGUUUAAUAUCUAGUGUAGUUGUUUUAGUCAGUAAAUUACAUUUAGACUUUACAAGUAAUUUAGCAAGUGCAGAUUUAGAAAUAUUUGCCCCCGAAGUACCAAAUUCAGACAGAUACAAGCAAUUUCUAACUAUUAAGGAGUUAUCAUUUAAAGCAGUAAAUAGACUAGCAAGUGUCAUAAAUAUACAAAAAAAGUGUCCAUAUUCUUGGAAAUUGAAAUGGGAAAAUUUAUCAGAUCAGAAAUUUGCGACUAAAGUGAGUAAUGAACCUAGUAUAGAAUCUCCAUCCAAAUUGAUUAAAUGGAAACCUACUGGUUACAAAUUUGACUUUAGAGUUCAAGAUAACUUACUUAACUCUACAGAAGAGAUUUUUAAGAUGAUGAAUGGAAAUACUAUGGAAUAUAUUGAAGUUCCCUUGUAUAUUGCAAAUUCAUCUAGUGAAUUGUACAGUGACUUGGAAAAUCUGCAAAAUUUUCUUCAGCUAUUGACUAGCGAGAAAAGUGACCGAAGCCCUUUGUUUAUUACAAUCUUGACACAAGGAGCUACAUAUGCUAAAACUGAGUACUUAUCUAGUAUGCAUCAUUCAGCUAUUUUUGGAUAUAUGAGAAGCGCAAGAAACGAAUUAAGUAGUAAAUUUGGAAUUGAGCUUUUGGCUUUUGACCUGGUUAGCAAUAAAAAAUUUGAUUUUUUACCAAGUCAUGCAAUACUUAGAAUAAUGGAGGAUAUAACACUUCAAGUUAUUAAUAAAAUUAAUUUUGAUAGAGAAUUUAGAAUUCUAGAUAGUUUUAUGGAUACAAAAGUAUUGGUCCCAAGACUUGAACCGGCAGCAAAACCUUACAACAGCUCUUACUUAAUAAAUUUAUCACAAAGAGGGGCCAUCUCAAAUAUCCAACGUUUGACUCAAAUUUAUCGUGAAAAACCUAAUGAUUAUGAAGUUGAAGUUAGAGUGCGUGCAGUUGGUUUAAAUUUUAGAGACUUAUUAAAUGUGAUGGGUCUAUACCCUGGAGAUAUUGGUUAUCCAGGCAGUGACUUUUCUGGAACAGUUAUUUCAGUUGGUUCACAAGUACAUAAUCUAAAAGUAGGUGAUGAUGUAUUUGGGUUAUCAAAUGGAUGUUUAAGAACAUACCACACUACUCCUGCUAUCCUCCUUACUAGAAAACCACAAUCUUUAAGUUUUGAAGAAGCUGCUUCUUUACCUACAAUUUUUGGUACUGUAAAGCUAGCACUUGAUGAUAUUGCAAAUGUUAAAAAAGGAGAUUGUGUAUUAAUUCAUGCUGCUUCCGGAGGAGUUGGGUUAGCAGCAAUUCAAUAUUGUAAUUCUAUUGGUGCAACUGUCAUUGCAACAGUAGGUAACAAGAAGAAAGUUACAUAUUUGAGAUCAAUAGGUAUAAAAUAUAUUACAAGUUCAAGAAAUUACAUGGAAUUUUAUAAUGAUUCACAAAGAUUCUUGGAUGAAUUAAAUUGUUCUGGUUUUGAUGUCAUUUUAAAUUGUUUGAUUGGAGACUUUAUAAGCUUAUCAAUAAAAUUACUUAAAUCUGGUGGUAAAUUUAUUGAACUUGGAAAGCGUGAAAUAUUAAUAGAAGAAGAUUUAUGUAAAAUUCGUGAUGAUAUAUAUUAUCAUACUAUUGCUUUCGAUAAAGUAGUUGAGGAGAAUCCAAAUUGGUUCAAUAACUUAUGUAAUAAAAUUGCAGAAGAUAUUGAAGAUGGAACUAUUUAUCCUGUACCAAUCUCAUUAUUUAAUAUGCAUGAUGAAAAUGGAAUAUCUGAUGGAUUUAGAUAUUUACAAAAAGCUCAACAUAUUGGAAAAGUUGUAAUCAGUAACUUGAGUAGUGUAUUUUCUUCUGAUUAUAAGGAAACCUAUGUAAUUACUGGAGGUAUGGGUUCUCUAGGUUCUUUAACAGCAAAAUGGAUUAUUGAGGAGGGUGUCAAAAAUAUUAUUCUUUUGGGAAGGACGCUCAACAUGAAUAAUAAAAUUUUUAGCAACCUCAGUAGUAUGGAUAAGAGUAAAGAUAUUAACUUAGAAGUAAUUGCUUGUGACGUUUCCUCUAAAGAAAAAUUAUAUUCAAAACUUCUAGAGCUUUCAAGAAAGUAUAAAAUUGUUGGAGUAAUUCAUGCUGCUGGUAUUAUAAGAGAUAUGUUAUUAGUAAAUCAGACAAGUGAAUCCUUAAGAAGCGUAUUGCAACCAAAAGCCUUCGGUGCAUGGAAUAUCCACUAUUGUAGCACAAUGAUUGGCCUAGACCUUUCAUCAAUGAUAAUAUUUUCUUCUAUCUCUGCUUUGCUUGGUACAAUUGGCCAGACAAAUUACUCCGCAGCGAACUACUGUGCCGACUUUUUAGUGCAGCACAGAAACUCAAUUGGAUUGAAGGGUAUUAGUAUUCAAUGGGGACCCUGGAGUGAACAAGGUAUGGCUUCUUCAGUAUUAGAUGAUAAGUGGAUAAAAUCCAUGGGUUUAUAUGCAAUCGAUAAUACUUUGGGUCUUGCUUCACUUGGGGGAUGCUUGAUUGACUCACAUAGUCAAAUACAAGUCAAUCCUAUUUAUAUUGUGCAGCCAAUUAAUUUAAAGAAAGUUGGAAAUUAUAUAAAAACUACACUAUUUGAUAAUUUAUCAACAGGGAAUUCAGUCUCGACGGAGGUAAUGAAAAAAUGGUCUAGUAUGACCAAAGAAGAAAUAGAAGAUUAUGUAAAUGAGGUAAUUCUAAAUGGAAUUUCCCAAGUAAUUGGAACUGAAAGAAAAAAUAUCCGUUCUGAUCAUUCGAUAAGUGAAAUCGGAAUUGAUUCACUGUCUGUUAUCGAACUACGUAAUACUAUUUCUGCACAGUUAGGAAUAGAGAUACCUGUAACUGCAGCUAUUGACUACCCUACAAUAUUAGAUUUAAAAUUAUAUAUUAGCCAACUUCUAUUUGAGCAACUCAACAAAUCUAACUUUGACCACAAGAAAGACAUAAUAUAUGAAGUCAGUACAAGAUCUUUUUCAGAUACACCUAUUUUUAUCUUAGGAAUUGGACUACGACUACCUGGCAAUGCUACCUCAACAGAAAAACUAUGGAAAAAUAUGAUUGAAAUGGUUGAAACAAUUAGUGAGAUGCCCUAUCAGAGAUGGGAUGUUGAUAAGUAUUUUGGAGAGAUUGGUAAUAACAAAGUGAAUUAUUAUACUAGAAAAGGUGGAUUUAUUUCAUCUGUGGAUAUUUUCCAUCGUGAAAGAUAUCAUAUUUCAAUAGAAGAAGCAUAUCAAAUGGAUCCAAACCAAAGAAUUGCUUUGGAUGUUAGCUAUUGUGCACUAUGUGAUGCUGGUAUUCAACCUGAAUCUAUAAAAAAUUCGAAUAUGGGAGUAUUUUCAGGAAUUUGCAAUGACGACUGGGUAAUUAUAAACUCUUUAAGGAAGUUUCCUAAUACUUAUUCUGGAACAGGUGGUGCAAAAUCAAUGUUGUCAAAUAGAAUAUCUUACUGUUUCUCAAUAAAAGGCCCAUCUUUAUCUAUAGAUACGGCGUGUGCAUCUUCUCUAUCUGCUUCUCACUUUGCGAUUAAAUCAAUAAAAUCGGGAGAAUGCUCAAAUGCCAUAGUUAUCGGGACACAAAUAAAUGUCUCAUUUAACAACUUUGUUGUCUUUAGCAAAGCUCAGAUGCUAUCUCCUGAUGGGAAAUGCAGGAGUUUUGAUAAAGAUGCAAAUGGGUUUGUUAGAGGAGAGGGAUGUGGUGCUAUAGUUUUAUCUAUAAAGAAACCAAGUAAUUCAAAGUACUGGGGAGCAAUAUUAGGCUCUGCUACAAAUCACUGUGGAAGAUCAACAUCAUUAACUGCUCCAAAUGGACAGGCGCAACAAAAAGCACUAAACACUGCAUUACUGGAUGCAAGGUUGGCAAGCAUGAACAAUAAUCUCUUACCUUCAUAUAUCGAAUGCCAUGGAACAGGGACUCUUAUUGGUGAUGCAGUUGAAUUUGACGCUAUUAGAAAUGUUUAUCAAAAGUACUUUAAAGUAGAAAAUGGCUGCGAGUCUGGGCUAAUUCUGGGUUCUUUCAAAUCACAAAUCGGUCAUUUGGAAGGUGCUGCAGGGAUAUCAGGGAUCAUUAGGACAAUACUAAUAUUAGGAUAUGGAAUAGUUCCUCAACAAAUGAAUUUCAGUACCCCCAACUAUCAUCUGGAUUUUCGAAACUUUAAUGUACAAAUUCCUGCACGAAAACAGUUGAAGAUUAAUGAGACCAAUCGUAUCGGGGGUGUAUCAGCUUUUGGAUUUGGUGGCACCAACUGCCAUUUAAUAUUAGAAAGCUGCCCAAUAACAUUUAAACAGAAACCUAAAAACCCAAAAAUAAUAUUUUUAUUUACAGGCCAGGGAUCUCAAUAUAUAAAUAUGGGAAAACAACUGUACAAAACUAAUGAUAUUUUUAAAGAAAUAAUUGACUUGUGCUCUGAGUCAGUUAGUGAUAUAUUACCCUUGCCUCUUACUAAAAUUAUUUAUCCUGAUAUAGACGAUAUGUCAAUUUUAAAUAAUACUAGGUACUCACAGCCUGCAAUAUUUGCAAUUGAAUAUGCUUUAGCAACAACAUUAAAACACUACAACAUAGUUCCAAAUAUAGUACUUGGACACUCUCUUGGUGAAUAUGUUGCUGCGGUAAUUGCUGGAGUGAUGGAUUUCAAGACAGGUAUUACUACUGUAGCACGCAGAGCAAAUUUGAUUGCAGGUUUGGAUAAUAAGGGGGGUGUAAUGGUAGCAGUUAAAAGAUCAGAAGAAGAAGUUCAACAUGCGAUAAACAAUUACAAAGGUCUAGCAAGUUCAGAAAACUUAGGUUCAGUUGAAAUUGCAGCUGUAAAUUAUUCAAAUAACUGUGUGAUUUCUGGAGAAAGGCAAGCAGUAGAUGAAGUAAUUAAGAUUUUGUGCUGUUUUGAUUCUUGUAAAUACUUAGAAGUUUCUCAUGCAUUCCACUCUCAGCUGAUUAGUGAGUGUGUACAUGACUUUGAAAAUAUUCUUUCUAAUGUAUCGCUUAAGUUUCCAAAAAGUGAAGUCGCUUUUUUUUCGUCUUUGUUGGGUUGUAAAGUGAGUCAACAGUUAGUAGAUAAAAAUUAUUGGAUCAACCAAACUAUGAAGACAGUUCGUUAUCAAGCUGCAGUAGAAGCAAUAGAUAGAUAUCUUUCUGAACAAGAAGUAGAUGUAUCUGUGGUUGUUGAAAUUGGACCCUCCCCAAUCUUGUUACCUAUCACUAAAAAAAUUGCAAAACAUGAAUUAAAAAGAGCUGAAUACUUUAAUACUCUUAGUAGCAAAGAGGUAUGUGAUAUAUCCAAUAUUGUUGAGGCAAUAACCAAUAAAAUUGGUAUCCAAAGUACCCCAGAGAGAAUUGCAGGACUAGAUUAUGAUAUAGAUAGAGUUCACUAUCAAUGGCCAGAGUUGAAGCACCCACUUAUUUUAAAACGAAUUGGUUCUCCAAUUCAUGAAUCCUGUGAAAUAAGGAGCAGCGAUUUCAUAUUUUCAAGCCCUUUAAAUGAACAAAUUAUUGGAUACUUUGGAGAUUAUACUACAUCUAGCUGCAGAGUCGCUCCCUUUUCUAGUCUAUUGGAGGCAAUGGCAGCAGCUAUUGAUGAUAUGUACAACCAAUUUAGAAUUAACUCGGAAUCUCAUGAAAUUAUUAACUAUAUUGUACCAGUUAUUAAAUUAAGGAAUAUAAAAUCUUAUUCACCUUGGAUUAUGGAUAUAUAUGGGGAUAUUAGGGAUGAUAAACCAUGCUUAAAGAUUUCAAUUGAUGAAGAAAAAAAUAUUAGCAUUUUUGGCCACAAAAGUACAGUCACAACUUUAGAAAACUUGAAUAUUUACCAAGAAACAGUGCUAGCAACUGCAAAUAUUGUUUUAGAUGAUACUUCUGAGUAUGAAGACAAUUUAGUAACUCCUGAAGAAUUCACAAACUUUAACUUUUUUGAAAAGUCUAGCAUUUAUAGUAUAUUCUCAAAAAAUUCAUUUGAUAUUGGAAGUUCUUUCCAAUGUAUUGAGAAUAUCAAAUUAAAAGAUUUUGAAGCUUGCGCUAAAAUAAGUUUUAAUUUUAGCUGUUUAAGUGGUGAUAUAGAUCCAUCCGGAGAAAAUAAUGGAGUUUUUAAUACUCUUGAUCGUUAUAUGAGAUUACAUCCUAAGUUAAUGGAUGCCGCUAUACAAGUAUUGAUUUUCAUUGCAGUUGCAAAUGACCUGGAUACUAGCCGAAUCAGAUCAACAUUUCCUUGCGAAAUUAGGAGUCUAGUUGCAAAACCGUUAAGGUUUUGUGAUAAGAUACUUGUUUAUGCAAAACUAACUUGCAUUGAAAACAAUAGAUUGACUGGAUCUUUGAAACUGUUUAGCUCUGAGAGACCAUAUUCUGAAGUAGCUAACUUAGAUGAUAUACUACUUAGUCAAACUGAAGAGCAAUACUCUGAAUAUCAGCCAACAAAAAAUACUACCGAAUUAAGAAAGAGCAUUUGUGAAUAUAUUUGGGUUCAAGAUUAUACACAACGAAAAAGAGACUACUCUAAAGUCAUAUUAUUAAAUAGCUUUGGAGAAACUGAGAUAAAUAUUAUUAGGAAUGUAUUUGGAUAUAUCGAUAUUGUCAAAUCAGAAAAUAUUGCAGAAAUUAACCAUUUAAUAGAUUCAGCUAACUCAAAAUUAUUAAUUCUUUGUAAUCUCCUUUGUUCCGAAGUACAGGAGAGCUUUGAUAAAAUAUACAAUAUUACUUUAAAUAUUGCUAAAUUUUACAAUAAAGAUAUUCAAAAUGAGAGGAGUAUCAAUGCAGAUAUGUGGAUUAUUACUAAGGGGACACUUUUAAUGACUAAUUCAGAUAUGCCUUAUACUAGAACAACCAAUACUCUAAGAAUGACUAGAUAUUUACGAUUAAGCUUGAAAAAUUUAAUGCCAAUUUAUACUACUGACCUUGAACACAUUGAGCAAUUUAAAUUAGCUUUUGAAAAUCAAAGUGCUAGUGAAUGUUGCAUUAGAAAUAACAAGUUAUUCUUUAAAAAAAUGAGCCUUUUGCCAAUUGGUGCUUUAGAUGAUGAAAUUCAAAGUGUAUAUUCUGAUUUACUUGUAACUAUACUUAUCCAUUCAAUUGCAACUGACUGGCCUGAUUGUUUUGGAACUAUAAUCCAUUCGGGUAAGCAUAAUAUUGAAAUAGGUUCAAUGGUAUUAAUACCCGGUAAUGAAGUAAUAGAAAGAAAUGUUUGCAUAGGAAGUAUUCUGACAAUUGAUAUAAACAAAAUCUUUAUUAUUAAGCAGGACUAUAGCACAUUUACUAGUCUAGAUUCUUCUGAACUUGCAAGUAUUGCUACCAACAUAAAAAUUUCUAAAGGAUUAACCUUGAAAAAGUAUAAACAAUUAAUUCUUAUUAUAGGUGAUACAGAAAACUUUGAAGUUUUUCAAAGAAUAUAUCUUGGAUUAAUAUCUUACAAGCUAAACUCAAAUAUAUUGGGGUCACCUGUAUAUGUUAUUUCACUAAAACCACUCAGCAUUUCAUUCAAUGAACUCCUGAAAUCUCUUGGAUGCCAUGUUAACAAUAUUCCUUGUAUGCUAAAUAGUUGCAUUGUAAUGAUAGAUAUUGAAGAUCAUCCAAUUAUGAAAAAUAUUGGAGAUAGCAACAAUAUCUCUGUUUUUUAUAUUAAAACACUUCCAAGAUCUUUUGAAAUAAGAACUAUUAAUAGUAAAGAUCUUGAAUCAUCACUUGAUUUGCAGACAAGUAUAAAUUUCAUUGCUCCCUACAAACAAAAAAAAGAUUUACUUCCAAAUUUAAAAACUAGUGGUAUUAUUUUGAUUAUAGGAUAUGUGAGAGAAUUUGGUAUGGCACUAGCUAAAUGUCUUCUUUCAAUAGGAUAUGAAAAUAUUGCACUACUACUUGACCAUAAAUCUUUUGAAUCUAUGAGUAAAUUUAUUGGGAUCGAAAAAAGGGUUAAAACAUAUAGUUUCAAUAUUGUUGAUAAAUCAUCUGUAUUCAACUUUAUAAAUAAAAUAAAAUGUGACUAUUCUUACAAUGAAAUUGUAGGCUUUAUCUACUGUGGAAAUGAAAUAAAAGAGAAUUCAGUAGAUAAGCAACCUGAGUUCAUUAACAAGUUGGAAGAUCUUGAUGAAAUUUUACCAUGGUACUUUCAUGAAAUAUUUACGAUGCUUGAUGAAUGUAAAAACUUCUUUUUACUUGUUUCACCAGUAUCAGACUUCUUUGGAUUUAGUGGACAUUGUACCUAUUCGAUCAAGAAUUUGGGAUGGGAGGAACUUAUAUUCCUUCGAAAUAAUAUAUUAUCUCUGCCUGCAACCCUUAUUAAAGUAAAUGAAAACGAAUAUUUUAGAAAUAUGAAAGAACCUAUACUUGAUACAAUAAAACCCGAAUCUGGCAUUUCUCAAGUAUAUCAACUACUACUGAAAUUUCUAUUUAAGAGAAUAAAUGGAAUUUAUGCAAUGAUUCAAACAGAUGAACCUACAAUUAAAAAAUUAGUGAAACAAAAUAAUUAUGUAUUAACUGAUCCUUUUUUUGAGGACUUGAUUGGAAAUAUAGAAGAUAAGGAGAGAAAAAAAACAUUAAAUUUAACGAGAAUUCCAAUAAACAAAAGGAAAGAGUGGCUGAUUGAUUUGAUAACUCGAAGUGUAGAGUCACUCAUUCCAAGCAAACAAAGUAUUUCUUUGGAUGCAAAACUUUUUGAUAUUGGUCUCGACUCAAUUUCAGCUAUAGAACUGAAAAAUUCUUUGUCAAGCAAGUUGAACUUUAAUUUAUCUCCUAUGAUUAUUUUUGACUACCCAACAAUAAAUUCCAUUGUUGAAUACUUGUAUGAGGAAAGCAUAAGCUGCAAAGAAACAAACGAUCAAGAAUUUGGAUAUUCUGAAUAUGCAGAAGAUUUCAAAGUUGAAGUUUUAAAAUUCUUUGAAGGUUCAUGGAUUCCAAAAAGUACUGUUAACAGCAUUUCCGUUCCAAAAAUUGAUGAGUCAUCUGAGAUGUGUAUCAUAGGUAUGUCUGGAUAUUUUCCUGGAAAAGCGAAAGGACUUGGUUUAUUUUGGCACUAUUUGAUUGAAAACUAUGACUUCGUAUCAGAUACUCCCUGGGAACGAUUUGAAUGGUGUGACACAUAUAAUCCUGAUGAGAGCAUGACUGGGAAGAGUUAUUGUCGUACAGGAGCAUUUAUGCAUGAUGUACAUAUGUUUGAUAAUGAGCUAUUUGGCAUAGGAGAAUCUGAAGCUUUUGAAAUGGAUCCUCAACAAAGAAUAACUCUAGAAGUCUGCUAUGAUGCCCUUUAUAUGGCAGGUUAUAAUGAUCAAUUAACUAUUAAAAAUACUUCUUUUGGAGUUUUUAUUGGAUGUUGUUCAAAUGAUUGGGCUGAAAGACUAACUAAUUUUGAUAAUAUAAAUGCAUAUACAGGAACUGGUGCAUCACCAUCAAUAAUUGCAAACAGAAUAUCAUAUACUUUUGGUUUAAAGGGUCCAUCCUUAACUAUAGAUACUGCUUGUUCUUCAUCACUAGUUGCUGUUGAUAUUGCUAUACAGAGUAUUAGAAAUAAACGCUGUAUUGGUGGAAUAGUUGGAGGUGUACAGUUGAUUUUAAAUAAAUCCACAUAUGUAGUUUUCUCUAAGUCAAUGAUGCUAUCACCUGAUGGUAAAUGUAAAUCUUUUGAUGCAUCGGCAAAUGGUUUUGGAAGGGGUGAAGGAGCUGCAGCAGUAAUUAUAGUUCCGAAAAGAGAAGCAGUGAAAUCUAAAGCUAAAAUAAUAGCAUAUGUUAGUGGAAUAUCUAUAAAUCAGAAUGGAUCUAGUGCAUCUCUAGUUUCUCCAUCUAGUAUAUCUCAGCAGGAGUGUAUUAAACAAGCAUUAGCAAGCUUUAGAAAUAUUUCACCUUCAAAUAUUGCAUGUAUUGAAGCUCAUGGUACAGGUACAAGUAUUGGUGAUUCAGUUGAAGCAGAUGCCAUAUAUAAUGUAUAUUGUAAGAAUACUUCAAGAAAGUUAUCAUUAAUAGUUAGUUCUGUAAAAGCCAAUAUAUCACACCUUUUUGGGGCUUCUGGAAUUGUAGGAAUGCUGAAACUUAUUAUCUCUUUACACAAGUGUAAGGUACUCGGUAAUAUUCAUAUCCGAAAAUUGAAUCCAUAUAUACCUGUUGACAAAAUGAUAAACUUCCCAAAAGAGCACGUCUCAAUAGAAAAAGAGAAUAAUAUUAUUUAUGGAGGUGUGUCAUCAUUUGGCUUCGGUGGAACAAAUGCUCAUGCAGUAAUAGGAGUAAAAAAUAUAGACAUAGACCUUUUAUCAUAUCUUCAUUUAAAUAGUUAUACUCAUUUUAAACGAAAACCCUUUAACUGGAAUAAAAUGACUCAUCAUCUAAUAAAUAAAUACAAGUUCCCAAAUUUAUACAUAGAAGAAACAUAUGGCCAGUAUUUUAAGGCGUCGCAUGCAAUAUGCUAUGAAUUUUCGCAGUAUAAAAUAGAUGAGUUUUUUACCUUCUUGUUUACUUUUGCAAAAAGUAUUUUUAAUUGUCUGAGUAUGACAACAAAUUUCGAAAAUUUUCAACACUACAAGUCUAUUCCUGAAGAUACUGGCGAAUAUGCACUGAUAUUAGCCAUGAGACCAAUUCAAACUGGUCAAAAGUAUAUUUGCUCAACGUGGCUAAUCACAAACAAACAAUUGUUGGAGUCUGAAAUUUAUAUAAGUAAGUGCAAUAGUGAAUUCCAGCUAAUAAAUCAAUUAGAAGUGUAUUAUUCUGACCAAAUUCUCUUAAAUAUGGGAUACUUUUUGCAAUUGAUUGAUAGCUUUGAGUCAAACAAAUUUUUACAGGAUGAAGAAAUUGAUAAGCAGAGGUCUACAACAAUUAGAAAGAUAAAGUUAAGGAAGUCAAGGAAUAUAGAGACUGGAAUUUCUGCUGAGAUUGAGUCUUUUCUACGAAUUAGAGGUUAUCAUAAUGCACAAGUAAGCUUCAUUAGUAUUGGAGACUUAAGCACAGCUAGCGAGGAUGAUGAAUGGCUAAUAAUUGAACAAAGUUGGAACUUUAAUUUAAAAUUCGCUUUGUUCACUAAGUCCUUAAGACCAAUAAUAAAUAUAGAUAAUAUAUUUGAGGUUAGACCAUUUUGGAAACCAGUGAUCCUAAUGGAAUUUAAAACAGACAAAUUCGAUAGAAUAAGUUUAAUACCUGAAAAUUAUAUUUUAGAUAUUUCUAAAGGUAGAAUUGAUCAAAUUUCAUUUUCUAAAAGUGAAGUAAAUUCCACACCUAAUGAUUAUGAAGUUGAGGUAAUAGUACAUGCAGUUGGUUUAAAUUUUAGAGACUUAUUAAAUGUGAUGGGUCUAUACCCUGGAGAUAUUGGUUAUCCAGGCAGUGACUUUUCUGGAACAGUUAUUUCAGUUGGUUCACAAGUACAUAAUCUAAAAGUAGGUGAUGAUGUAUUUGGGUUAUCAAAUGGAUGUUUAAGAACAUACCACACUACUCCUGCUAUCCUCCUUACUAGAAAACCACAAUCUUUAAGUUUUGAAGAAGCUGCUUCUUUACCUACAAUUUUUGGUACUGUAAAGCUAGCACUUGAUGAUAUUGCAAAUGUUAAAAAAGGAGAUUGUGUAUUAAUUCAUGCUGCUUCCGGAGGAGUUGGGUUAGCAGCAAUUCAAUAUUGUAAUUCUAUUGGUGCAACUGUCAUUGCAACAGUAGGUAACAAGAAGAAAGUUACAUAUUUGAGAUCAAUAGGUAUAAAAUAUAUUACAAGUUCAAGAAAUUACAUGGAAUUUUAUAAUGAUUCACAAAGAUUCUUGGAUGAAUUAAAUUGUUCUGGUUUUGAUGUCAUUUUAAAUUGUUUGAUUGGAGACUUUAUAAGCUUAUCAAUAAAAUUACUUAAAUCUGGUGGUAAAUUUAUUGAACUUGGAAAGCGUGAAAUAUUAAUAGAAGAAGAUUUAUGUAAAAUUCGUGAUGAUAUAUAUUAUCAUACUAUUGCUUUCGAUAAAGUAGUUGAGGAGAAUCCAAAUUGGUUCAAUAACUUAUGUAAUAAAAUUGCAGAAGAUAUUGAAGAUGGAACUAUUUAUCCUGUACCAAUCUCAUUAUUUAAUAUGCAUGAUGAAAAUGGAAUAUCUGAUGGAUUUAGAUAUUUACAAAAAGCUCAACAUAUUGGAAAAGUUGUCUUUAAAAAUAAUGCUAUUGGUAAAUGUGAUAAGAUACUUUAUAUUGGAGAUUCUAUUAAAUAUUUUGACUCUAAUAUAUAUGAAGUCAUUUGUUCUGAAUUGAACAAUUUAUUGGGAAAAUUAGACUUACAUCAAAAUCUUAUUAAAUUACUUAAGUUAAAGGCUGAGUAUUGUGCAGUUAAUACAAUUGUACUCAACUUAGAGUACUGUGAUAGGAAAUUACUGGAAAUCUUAUACAAUAUAUUAAUUUUUACUUUAAAAGAUACAAGAAAAGUUAUUUUACUACUUCCAGAACAUUAUGAUGAUAAGAGUGUAAAUCACCUAAUUAUGCAUAACAGGGAUAUUGGCUUACCUGUAAUAGUAGCUGCUAAUCAAAGUGACUUAGAUAUAGAUAAUCUACUCAAACGUCUACUAAUUUCUUCAAAUGAAUUCAUUAGAAAAAAGAGGUCAUACAAAGUAACUAAACCAUUAAAUAACUUAGAUCUAAGCCAAUAUAACAAUAAUAGUGACAACCUAAGACUAGAAAUAAAAGAGUUGCUUUUAAAACUUGUAGCGGAAAAUAUAAAGAUAAGCAUAAAACAACCUAUUCCAAUGGAUACUCCUAUUCGUGAAUUAGGCUUGGACUCACUGGCUAUGGUUUCAAUAAGGAAUUCUCUUUCAAAAACUUUAGGUUUUCAUAUACCAAUUUCAGCUCUCUUUGACUAUCCUACUCUGGAUAAAUUAACUGACUAUUUAAGUGACAGUAUAGCUAAUAAUAGUCAGACAUAUUAUGAAAGGACUAUAACAAAAAGCAUAGAGAUCUCAAGUCUGCAUGUUGCCUGCUCAAUUGUUGGUACUAGUUGUACUCUACCAUGUGGUGUAGAUGAUUCUAUAUCAUUCUGGAAGUCACUUUUAUAUGGUAGAUGUGGUGUCAAUAUUAUUCCUUUUUCCAGGUGGAAUUGUGAUGAUAGUAAAUUUUAUAGUACGACAAAAAGAGCUUCUACAAUAUUGAAUAUUGAAAGUUUUGAUAAUUCAAAAUUCGGAAUCUCCAACCUUGAAGCUUCAACCAUCGACCCUCAACAAAGAAAGCUUUUACACACUACACUAGAAGCACUUGAAGAUGCAGGUUAUACAAAGGAAUCUAUUCAAAAUACCUUAACUGGAGUCUUUAUAGGAUUUUGUAAUAUUGAUUGGUCAUUAUUACAAAUUAAUAAUAAGAUACUAUCAUCAUAUACAGGCACUGGAACUGCCGCAUCAAUUGUCUCCAACAGAUUAUCUUAUACAUUUGAUCUUAAGGGGCCAUCAAUAACAAUUGAUACUGCAUGUUCUUCAUCUCUUGUUGCUCUUGAUAUAGCAUGCUCAAGAAUAAAUGAAGAUAAGUGUAAAAUUGCUAUUGUAGGUGGCACACAAGUUCUAACAUCACCUAAUUUAUUCUCAGUAUUUAGUAAAGCAAAUAUGCUAAGUCCUGAUGGUAUCUGCAAAAGCUUUGAUGCUAGUGCAGAUGGAUUUGGACGAGGUGAGGGAAUUGUUGUCAUUAUUGUGAAAAGUACUGAUGAUGCAGUAAAAAGUGGCAAUAAAAUUCUAGGAAUAAUAAGAGGAACAUCAGUUAACCAGGAUGGACGUACUGUUUCAAUUACUGCUCCAAGCAGUAGAUCACAAAUUGAAGUUAUUCAAAAUGCACUAGCUUCUGCUGGGAUAUCUGCAGAAGAAAUUACGAUGAUUGAAACACAUGGUACAGGGACACCAUUGGGAGAUCCUAUUGAAUUUGAUGCACUUAAACAUAUUUUUGGACGUGUUCAUAGUAGAGAAAUUGUAUUAGGUGCGUUAAAAAGUAAUAUUGGACAUCUAGAAGCUACUGCAGGGAUUGCAGGUUUGAUGAAAUUACUUCUAUCACUUCAAUACGGUAUUUCACCACCAAAUCUCCACUUAAAAAAGUUAAAUCCUAACAUUAAUACUGAAUAUAUGAAUGCAAUAUUUCCUUCUAAACCAACCAAAUUAUGGUGUUCAUCUUUUGGAGCAUAUAUUGGUGGCGUAUCUUCUUUUGGAUUUGGAGGAACGAAUGCACAUGCAAUUAUAGAAGUUCCAAAUAUUUCCCAAUCUAUCUCCAAGCUAAUCAAGAUAGUAUUUAUUGCUGCCAGCAUAUCUACUGAUUUGGAAGAUGAGAUUUUCUGGAACCAAUAUGUAAAAUUGCUUCUUGAUCUAUAUAAAAAGGAGAUAUAUUUUAAAGAGUCAAUUGAUAAGUGUUUCAGUUAUAUUCAUAAGCAAAUUGGACUUUCUCUAUCAGAAUUUUUGUAUUAUUCUAUUCCUUACGAAGAUUUUGAUACAUUAAAUACUUCCAGAAUAAAUGGUACCAAGCAAAGUAGUAACUUUUUUAGCUUAGAUAUUAAAUUGCGUUUACUAAUAUUUUCAGUGGAAUAUUCAAUAUAUAAUAUGUGGAAUUUUAAGAAAAUAAGCCCAGAUUUAAUUGUUGGUCAUAAUGUGGGAGAAUAUGUGGUACAGGUCAUAUUUGGGACUAUGACGAUUUAUCAAGCAAUAGAUGAAAUAGCUCAGGGCAACUUAUGUAAUAAGGAAUUAUACCUAGAAAACUCAACUUUCAUAGCUAUUACAACUGGGAAUAGAAGUAAUAAGUUGGCAGAUAUCAUUGAUGACUACUACCAAAAUAGUACUAUUAUCUUCCUUUAUCCAAUGAAACCGAACUAUGAAGUUGUAUAUGAUAUCAAAGAAAAGAUACCAUAUGCUUUUCUUAGUAACGGUGAAUCAUAUGACUUGUUUUUAAAAAGGAUACUAGAGUUAAUAAAUUCAUCUAUUAUUUCCAAAUCUCCUAAUAAAUCUCAGAUAUUACCGGUAUUCCGACUAUUUGAUAUUCAGAAUCCAUUUACCAACACAAAACAAGUGAAUAUUCUGGAUUUAACGAAAUCGAAAUUUUUAUUUGAAAGAUAUAAAGGAAACUCCAGAGUACCUACAGUAGCAGUAAGUGUAGUAACAACUAUCUGUAUAUUAUUUAAUGCCAUACUAUAUAGUUUUAUAUCGAAGGAAGGAAGUAAACAAAUGUUUACUAUUCAAUCAAUGGAAUGUAUUGUGAAGGUGUCAGAAAAUUUAUCUUGUCAGAAUAGUGAAGAAAUAUUACUCAAUAUUACACAGAAUGAACUGUGUACGAAUAUUUACACAUUAGAUUGGUUAUCUAUGUGUAGCAUAAGAAAUAUAAAUAAUGUGGACUCUACUGAAACUAUCAUACCUAAAUACCGUCCUUGUAAUACGCAACUAAAUAAUUUGUUUUUGAAUAUGAGUUUACCAAAUUCUCUAGCUGACUCAAUACUUUAUGGUGAAAUAUGUGAAGAUUCGAUGUAUAUAGUUUUUAAAAUACCUAUUUUAGAAUAUGGAUUUGAAACUUCCUUUAAAAUUCAUCCCCACAUAUUCCUGCUUGCAUAUUUCUCUGCAAGCGAGCUAUAUUUGAAAAAUAUAAGAAAAAGCUCUCUUUCUAUUGACUCAAUUUCAGUUAUUGAAAUUUCUAGCUCAGAAGAACUAGAACUACUUUAUUGUAGUUCAAGAUAUUCUAUACAUCUAGAAUGCAAACUAACUGUGGAUAGUAAUGCUGUGAUUAUUAUCAAAGUAUCAGACGACUUCAAUGUUAAGGAUACAAGAAUUGUCCUCAUAUUUGAAGUAAAUCUAGUUCUAUAUAACUUUCCAACUAUAAAAACUGACCACUUCAACUACUUAUGGAAUUAUGUAUGGCAGCCUUUAGUAAUGAAAGAAGUUAUAGAGCCCAAAUAUUUAUCAAAGGUUUUAUAUAUUGGAAGUAACUGUCAAUUAUUAUCUUUAAGACUUUCCGAGAAUAAUUGCUUUAUUACUAUGGCAAAUUAUAGUCACUUCUAUUUAUCACAAAAUCUGGAUAUCUUAGAGUGGGGUUUUGAUACUAUCAUUAUUGAUUGCAUAUAUGACUUAAACAUAAAAAAUUCCGAAUAUAGUUUGUCAACUGAAUUAUUUGCAAAUAAUGAACACAUGGAGAUUAAUUGCAUACAUUUUAUGCAUAAAUUCAUUAAGUGGAGAACACUUAAUAGAACAAAUUUAAACCUUUACUUUGUAACCUCGCAAAGUUGUUUAGUUGAUGAAAUUGACAAAAUAAUAGAUCCCUACUCAUCUUGGAUAUGGGGAUUCUCUAGAUCUUUAAGACAUGAAAUCGACUCAAAAGUUAACCAACGUGUUGUUGACUGUGAUCUAUCACUACAUGAACAGUUAGUAACCGAUGUUCAUUCUAUUAACAGAACUAUAUUAAUCUUUAAAUGCUUAAAUUCUAUUCAUUCUCAUUGUCCAGUUGAAGAAAUAGAAAUAGCCAUAAGAAAUGAAGAAUUAUUUGUUCCUAGAUUAACGGAUUAUAAGCUUAAAUUGGAUAAUUCUGAAGAUAAUCCAGUUGAAUCUGAAGUAUGUCAUGUGAUAUCUGGUGGUAUGGGUGGAAUUGGUUUAAUAUUAGCGGAAUGGCUUGUCAGAAAAUAUGCGGAAGAUGUGAUAUUGCUUAGCAGAAAUCCUGAAAUUUCUAAAGAGAAGUCAGAUAUAUGGAGCAAGUUGGAUUAUGAAACACGGGAGAAAUUAAUUAUUGAAAAGUGUGACGUGUCCUCUGCAUCUGAUGUUCAGAAACUUCUUGGAAAAUUGAAAGUAAAAUACAAAAAGAUAGGCAUAAUGCAUGCUGCUGGAGUAGUGGAAGAUGCAACUACUAUAAAUAUAACGGAAAAUUUGUUUAGAAAAAUAAAUGAUCCUAAAGUAUAUGGUCUUAUAAAUCUACAUAAUGCAUCGUUAUCAAUGAAUUGUAAAUAUAUGAUAUGUUUUUCUUCAAUUGCUGCUCUACUUGGGAAUGUCGGCCAAAUUGCUUAUUCUGCAGCAAAUUCUUGUAUGGAUGGAAUUAUACGCUUUAGGAGGCUAUUAGGUUUGCCCGGAUAUAGUAUACAGUGGGGUCCUUGGAGUGAGCAGGGAAUGGUUACUGCUAACAAAAAACUACAAAGAGAUUUGGAAAAUAGUGGUCUUGGACUUGUAACAAAUCAAAUGGCACUUGACCUUAUAGAAUAUUUAUUAUCCCCAUCUUGUUAUUCAAGUCCAGUCAUUGCAGUUCAACCAGUAAAUUGGGAAAUAUUCCUGUCUUUCCAAAAUUCUAACCAUGCAAUUUUUAAUUCCAUCUCAGACAUGUCAUUAAUUGUGAAGUCAGGUGUGAGGAAAGACUCAAUACUUUUAUCUAUUCCCUUGGAUACAAGAAAAGAAUUUAUCAGAAAUUGUAUAAAUGAACUAUGCAUGAAUGCGCUUCAAUUAGAAGGGAACAUUGAACUUAACGAACCACUGCAUGGAAUGGGACUUGAUUCCAUUGCAUCUAUUGAAAUAAGGAAUAGUAUAUGCGAUAAACUUGGAAUCACAAUAUCUCAAACUAUUCUUUUCGACUACCCCACAAUAAAUGACUUAGUAGAAUAUAUAUACUAUGAAUCAAUGCUUGUAUCAUCAGACAAUACUAUUAUUUUAGGUGAAGAAUUAGAAACUAUUGUUCCAAUUUGUAACUCCCCAGUAGCUAUAAUUGGUACAGCAUGUAGACUCCCAGGAUCAAUUGAUACACCUGAAAAGUUUUGGAAUACACUUGUUUUUGGUAAAGACUGCAUUACAGCCAUUCCAUAUAAUAGAUGGGAUAACGAGAUGAUUUUUGAUAAGGAAAGUGGUGAUUACAAAAUUUACACAAAAAAUGCUGGUUUUAUUGAUGGAAUUGAACUAUUUGACAAUCAAUUUUUUAAGAUUCCUAAUAGCGAAGUCCCUUACAUGGACCCACAGCAACGCUUAAUGCUCGAGAUAUCCUAUGAAGCUAUUUGCAACUCUGGUAUUUCAAAAGAACAGCUUUAUAAUAGUUCAACAGGAGUAUUUAUAGGUUGCUCAUCAAAUGAUUGGAUGGUACUAAAUAGUACUCUAUCAACUCCACCAAGCCCUUACUCAGGUGUAGGAAUAUCUCCCUCAAUUCUAUCUAAUCGUAUCUCAUACACCUUAGGACUUCGUGGGCCAUCCUUUACGAUAGAUUCAGCUUGUUCUUCUUCAAUUGUAGCCCUUGAUGUUGCUUCUGAAAAGUUAAGAGCUGGUAUAUGUGAAUAUUGUAUAAUUGGAGGCGUCAAUUUAUUACUUUCACCCCAAUCAUUUAUAGCAUGCUGUGCUGCAAAAAUGCUUUCAAUUGAUGGAACCUGCAAAACAUUUGACAAAUUAGCAGAUGGAUAUGGUAGAGGAGAAGGAUCUGUUGCAAUAUUUACAACAAGCCUUGUUAAUGCUGAAACAAAAAAUUACAGUAUACUAGGUAUUAUCAGAGCAACGUCUACAAAUCAGGAUGGGAAAAGUGCGACUAUAACUGCGCCUAAUGGAAUCUCCCAGCAAAGUGUGAUAUUACAAGCUUUACGUGAAGCUAAUGUAUCUCCAAAUAAUAUAUCAUAUAUUGAAACUCACGGAACUGGCACUAAAUUGGGUGAUCCUAUUGAAAUUGGUGCAUUAAUAUCCGUAUUUAACACUGGAAUUUCAAAACAAUAUAAUAAUUCAAAUGAAAAGAGAAUUAAUCCUCUCUUCAUUGGUGCUGUGAAAACUAAUAUUGGUCAUUUAGAAGGAGCUGCUGGUUUGGCUGGUCUGUUAAAAGUGAUACUUGUGCUAAAUUUUGGAAUAGCAGCUCCAAUUGUACAUUUAAAAGAUUUGAAUCCUCUCAUCGAUACAAAAGGUUUCCCAAUUAUUUUUCCUAAAUUAGGUGAAAACCACUCUCAGAUAAAUAGUAAUGGCUCACUUUAUGCAGGUUUAUCCUCUUUUGGCUUUGGAGGAACAAAUACACAUGUAGUAAUUGAAAGUAGAAAUAGUGAUAAAACCAGAAAUAGGGCACAUCUUUCAUCAGCAAAACAUAUUUGGAAUAGUAAUAGAUAUCCAUGGACUGAUAUUAAACACCCACUAAUUGAUCAAAAAAAUUUAAGUAAAUUACAAUGUGAAACUGAGAUUAAUAUAAAUCACGAAUUAAAUUUAAGAAUAACCCUACAUCGCCCUAUUAAUAAUAGUACAUUUAAAAGUGCAAAUUUUAUAUUGAAUAUAUCUGAGGAUAUUAUUGAUUUAUUUAAGGAUCACUGUAUAGCUAAUAGCAUUGUUUGGCCUGCAGCUGGAUACUUAGAAAUGGCAUGUGCUGCUACAAGACAUGUAUAUAUUUGUCAAGUUGAUAAUGAGAUGAUAUCUAAAGAAAAUUUUGUGAUAAAAUUAAAUAAUAUUACAUUUGAACAACCUUUAUUUUUAGAUAAAAGUUCAUAUAUGAACUUGAUAUGCCAUAUGGAUUUAGAAGGCAAUAAAUUUUCUAUAAUAUCAAAAAUAACUGAAGAUAAAUAUUUGAAAGUAAAUGAAGACUUUGAUUAUAUUGAAGAUCAAGAUAUUCUACAUGUUUCUGGUAGUUUUGAGGAUUUAUCUAAAAGUGAAAAUAUAAAUUCUAUUACUCUAAAUGAGUUACGUAAAAGGAUAACUGAAGAAGUUAAUAUAAGUUCUUUGUAUACUAGUCUUGAUCAACUUGGACUAUCUUAUGGAACUAGAUUUCAAACUAUUAGAAGUGCAUGGAACUUAGAUAAAAUAAAUGAAUAUCUAAGUAAAAUUUGUAUAUAUUCAGAUAGUCAGUUUAAAGAUAUAAGUCACCCAAAUUCUGCAAAUACUUUGCCUUUAUUUGAAAAAAAUUUUAUAAUUCAUCCAGCUUUAAUAGAUGGUGCAUUGCAAACACCAUCUAUAUACCUACUAAAUCAGCCCAUUGAUGAUUCUUUAAAAUCUAUUCUUGUGCCAUUUUCAAUAAAUAGCAUAUCAGUAUAUACUUCAAUGAUUUCCAAGAUGUGUAGUAGUUAUUGGGUUCACUCUUCGAUUAACUCUGUUAAAAAUGGAGAUAUCAUUGCAAAUAUUGACAUAUAUACAGAUGAUGGAAUAAUAGCAUACAAGAUGAGAGAAAUUCGUUUCAAAAAAAUAAAAUCCUUUAAAAAUACUAGCAACUUAUCAAUAGGAAGAAGAAAUCCACAUUCCAAACUACUAAAUGAUUUGUGCUGGGAAUUAGAAUGGGUGGAAAUCCCCAUCCCAAUUAUAGUAGAUUCAAUAAACUUUAAAUCUAUUUUUUAUACUAACAGAAACAUUAAGGUUGACAUAGAAAAUACUGUGGUUAUACAUAAUGAUACAUUUUCUAAUAACAUUGGUUUUGAACACAUUUUAUCAGAAAAUAAAAAGUUUAAUAUAAUAUUUCUGCCACUAAAUAGUGCAUCAAAAUCAUCUAUAUUUGAUGCUUCUACUCUACUUUCUUUACUUCAAUUUUUUGUGAAGAGUUACACUAAAGAUAAUUGGAAAAAUGAUAUAUGUAUUUGGGUCAUUACAAAUGAAGCUAUAUCAUUAAAUUCAGAGUAUUGCAACCCAUAUAGUUCUGAUUUAUGGGGCUUAGUUCGCUCAGCUCGUAUUGAAUUUGCUCAAAUUGCAAAACUUUUACUUUUGGAUAUUGAGAUACAGUCAGAGGAUAUAAAAGUAUCAAAUAUUGUUAAAAUAAUCGAAGUUAUAACUAAAAAUAAAAGUUUAGAUUUAGAGACAGAAUUUAUUUAUAGACAAGAGAAGCUCUAUGUACCAAGACUCACUAGUAGCUCUAUCAAGGCUUACGGACCUUUGGAGGUAAUACUUAAUGAUAGAGGAUCUAUUUCAAAUUUAAAAGUACAACCUCAGUUUAAUAUCCUGUCUAAUACAUCCACACAAAUCAUUAGCUUUACAAAUAUCUUAACUGAUAAAGAUCCUAAUUUUGAACUGACUUCAGCUGAAAGAUAUCUUAUGGAAAAUGAUGUUUUAAUCCGAAUUUUUGCUGUGGGGUUAAACUUUCGCGAUAUCCUAAAUGUUAUGGGACUGUAUCCAGGAGAUCCAGGGCCACCAUGUUCAGAUUGCACAGGUAAGGUUGUUGCGGUAGGAAGUAAAGUAAAAAAUGUCAAACCUGGUGAUAAUGUUUAUGCAAUGAUCCCUGGAUGCCUCAAAAGUUAUGUUGUAACCCUGGCUGAUACAUGCUGCAAAAUGCCUAGCACUUGCAAUUUUAAUGAAUCCUCUACAAUGCCUACAAUAUAUGCAACAGUUGAUUAUUGUUUAAGAAGACUCACAAAUAUAAGUAGAGGAGAUAGAGUGUUAAUACAUGCAGCUUCAGGAGGCGUUGGACUAGCUGCUGUUAAUUACUGCAAUUCUAAGGGAGCCAUUAUUUAUGCUACUGUUGGUAACAAGAAGAAAGAAGAUUAUCUCAGACACUUAGGAGUAAUUCAUAUUGCAACAAGUAGGGAUCCAAUACAAUUUGAAGCUCAAAUGAAAUCCAUGCUUAAAUCUGAGAAAUUGGAUAUUGUGCUUAAUUGUCUAGCAGGGAAUUAUAUAGAGUCCAGCUUAGAAAUGCUGAAGAUAUCGGGACACUUUAUUGAACUUGGCAAGAUCAGUAUAAAAUCUUCACAAGAAAUGAGUGCUAUAAGACCAGAUAUUAAAUAUGAUAUUGUCGCCUUAGAUAACAUGAUUAUCAACGAUCCAAAAUGGUUUGGUUCUAUUCUUAAUACAAUUAAAGUUAGAAUAGAACAAGGUGAAGAAUCUGUAAUACCUAUGACUGUGUUCCCGAUUAAUGAUGAUGAGUCAAUGAGUGAAAUUAAGAUGAAAUCUGACAUAUACCAUAAGAAUAAAGGAGUUGUUAAUGCAUUUAGAUUUGUGCAGAAGGCAAACCAUAUUGGGAAAAUUGUAGUGACUAUACCAACAAUUGAAUUAUUAGACUAUCAAUCACAUGGAACUUUAAUUAUUACUGGUGGAUUAGGGGCUCUGGGUAAACUCACUGCAAAGUGGCUUUCUAUGGAAGGUAUAACUCAUAUUGUACUAUUAUCUAGAAGUGCACAAGAUAAAUAUAUAUCACCUAAUGUACGAAUAUUAAAUUGCGAUAUUUCGGAUAUGAAGUCAGUUUUUGAAGCACUAGGAAAUAUAGUUAAUGAUACAACUCUUCCCAAAAUAGUAGGUAUCAUUCACGCAGCUGGUAUUUUAUCAGAUUCCUUAAUUAAGGAUCAAACACCUAAAAAAUUUGAUACUGUGUAUAAACCAAAGGUUGAUGGAAUAUGGAAUAUUCACAAAGUUUGUGCACUCCUAGGAAUACAACUGAAGAUAUUUAUAGCAUAUUCUUCGAUUUCAGCUCUAAUUGGGAACUAUAGUCAAGCUAACUAUUCAGCUGCAAAUUCAUUUAUGGAUUCAUUUAUAAAAUAUAGGAAAGCUAUUGGGUUAUCUGGAAUAAGUAUUCAAUGGGGUCCCUGGAUAGAGCAGGGAAUGGCUACUAGCUUAAUAAAAAAAUUCAACUCUUCAGGAAUUUCAGGAGUUGAAAAUUGCAUGGCAAUUAGGCUUUUAUCAUAUAUAUUAGCGACAAAUAUAAAAUUACUACCUCCAAAUCUUUCGUUCAUUCGUGUAGACUGGAGUAGACUCGUUAAAAAUUUACCUAUACAGAAUAUGAUGUUGAGUAAUGUCUCAGUAGAUUCGAUUAAUAAGAAAAGUGAAGAUAAGAAUUCUAAAAUUCUAGAUUCCCUUAAGAAACUAGAUGAAAAAGAACGGAAAAGGCAUAUAGAGAUGAUUAUUAUGGAAAUUAUUAAAGAUGUAGUGGCAGUUGGAAGCGAUACAAUUAAUUUUGAAUCAUAUGCAGAUAAACCUUUAUAUGAUCUGGGUAUUGACUCACUGUCUGCUAUUGAAUUUAGGAAUGUUUUAACAAAGAAAAUUGGUAUAAUCUUGCCAUAUACACUACUAUUUGAUUAUCCAACACUAGGGAGUAUCAGUAAAUAUAUUUUUUCCGAAAUAAACAAUCAAACAACUUCCAAGGGCGAUAUUAGCUUGAUUAUUCCCACUUUGGAAAGUACACUAAAUCCAGGCGAUUUAGCUAUUAUAGGAAUAUCUUGCAAGUUACCUAGAUGUAAUGAAUCUUUAGAACUAUUUUGGAGUUCAUUAAUAAAGGGAGAAGAUUGUGUAUCGGAAAUUCCACAGACAAGAUGGAACCAUAAGAAAUAUUACAAUGAAAAUAUUUUGGAUUCGGGGCCAACGUAUUAUGUUAAACAUGGCUCAUUUAUAAACAAUAUUGAUUGGUUUGAUGCUCAGUUCUUUGGAAUGUCACCUUCUGAAUCAUCAAGUGUGGAUCCACAACAAAGAUUGGCAUUAAUGCUUGGUUAUGAGGCUCUCUAUGAUGCAAAAUUGGAGAAACAGAAUAUAAAUGGGAGUUUAGUAGGAGUUUUUGUUGGAUGUGGUAAUAGUGACUGGGCUAUAAUCCAGGGAAAGAAUGUGGAAGAAGCAGAUUUAGUUUCGCCAUAUACUGGGACGAGUAUUGCAAUGUCUCUAAUUUCUAACAGAAUAUCAUAUACAUUAGGCUUGUGUGGACCUUCAAUGACUAUAGAUACUGCCUGCUCUUCUUCUUUGGUUGCAAUGGAUACUGCAAUACACAACCUUAGAAAUUUCAGAUGUAAUUAUGCUUUAGUAAUUGGAGUAAAUUUACUAAUAGCACCACAAGCUUAUAUUGUAUUUUCAAAAUCAAGAAUGUUAUCUGUCGAUGGAAAGUGCAGAGCAUUCGAUAAAGAUGCCAAUGGAUAUGUAAGGGGUGAAGGCCUAGGUGCAGUUGUACUAUGUAGACUUAAAUCUACUUCUGCAAACAAAGAAGCUAUGUUAGAUAUUCCAAUUAAUACAUUGGAUAAUAUGAUAUAUCCGAAAAUUCACUGUCUAAUUAAAGGGUCUGGAAUUAACCAAGAUGGACGUAGUGCAUCACUUACUGCUCCUAAUGGACCUUCACAGCAACAAGUGAUUUUUAUGGCACUCAGAGAUGCAAAAAUAAAUUCUAAUGCAAUAGACUUUGUUGAAACACAUGGUACAGGUACCUCUCUAGGUGAUCCUAUUGAAUUUGGAGCCUUAAAGAAUGUAUUUGGGCAUAGGAAUGCUAAUCCUCUAUAUUUGACUGCUGUUAAAACUAAUAUUGGACAUUUGGAAGGAGCAUCUGGUAUAGCAGGACUAUUAAAAGCUAUCUUAAUAAUCAAAAACUCUUGUAUCCCUAAGAAUCUACAUUUUAAUAAGCUUAAUCCUCUUACCGACUCAUCAAACUUCAAUGCGACUAUACCCACCGAAAACACUUAUAAGGGUAUCAACUUCGGGGGGAUUUCCUCUUUUGGUUUUGGAGGAACAAAUGCACACAUUAUUUUGGGUAAAUACUGUAUGGAUACUCCCGUAAGACAUGUGGAGCUAAGUGAUAAUAAAGAGAAGAAAGGAGAAGCUAAGGUAAAGAAGUGUGUUCUAUUCAUGUAUACAGGUCAAGGAAGUCAAUAUCUAGACAUGGGGCUACAUCUAUACAAAACUGAACAGGUAUAUAAAGAUGCCUUAUGUGAGUGUGCAAAGUAUAUGGACUUUUAUUUACCAGAGUCAUUGCUAACUAUCAUGUACCCAGAUGAUUCUACACCAAAAACUAAAACAGGAUCUGACGAUUUUGACCUAGAUGCAAAUUAUAUUAACAAUACGUUAUAUGCACAACCGGCAAUCUUUGCAUUAGAAUACUCAAUAACUCAACUAUUAUUAAGUAAAGGUAUAAAGCCUGAUAUUGUUAUUGGACAUUCGUUGGGAGAAUAUGUAGCAGCAGUAGUAGUUGGUGCUAUCUCUUUGGAAUAUGCAGCAAUACUAGUAACUAAGAGAUCAAGAUUAAUGUUUGAACUUCCAAGAAAUGGUGUUAUGUUGGCACUAAGAAAGACUGAAGAAGAAGUUAAUUCUGUAAUUCUUGAGUGUGGAGAGAAAUCUAUUGCAGUUGCUGCCAUCAAUGGACCUAGGAGUAUCAUCGUAUCCGGAAGUUCAAAUUCUGUCAAUACAAUUUUAAGUAAGCUAGGUAAACAAGGCAAGUAUUUGAAUGUUUCCCAUGCAUUCCAUUCACCUUUAAUGUCAGGUAUGGCAUCAGAAUUAGAAGAGUUUAUUAAAGAGAAUAUUAAGUUUAGUGAAGAUGCCAGUAGUAGCAUUAAAUUUGUUUCAACAGUGUCUGGAGAUUUGAUAGAGCAUGAAUUGCUUAAGGAUCCUAAAUACUGGUCUUCACAUAUAACAAAACCUGUUUUAUUUUAUAAAGCACUGAACUCAGCUGUGACAAAAUUAGGUGCCAAUACUUUAAUCGAAAUUGGACCACAGCCAACUUUGACAAAAAUGGGAAUUCAAUCUAUAAAGAGUAGCGAGAGAGUCCACUUAACAUGGUAUAAUGUAAUACAAAGUACAGAAAAAGACUUUGACAAUGUAAAUCACUACAAGAAAAUACUUAGAAAUCUCAAACUUCAAUUAGAAAAAAAAGAUAACCGAGAAGUCUCAUCAGUUAAUGUGAAAAACUGCAUAUUUACAUCUACUAGGAAAUUCCCUUGGUCAAUUAGUACAUGGCAUCCAUUUAUAAAUUUCCAAUCUGAUUCUCCCUACUUCAUACCAAGUAAUGUUGCAGAUUUGUUAAAAUUAGCUCCUUUUGGGGUUUAUAUAGAAUUUUUAAAUAGAGGUCUAAGAUAUUUAGGCCAUUCCAAAACUCAAAAUUACACCGAAAAUGGAAGAUAUUCUAGAUGUGACAUCCAAAUAGAAAAUAUACAAUUACCAAAUUUACAUAACUUGGAGAUACUACGAUUAAAAUGUUCAGAUAUUAACACAUUAUUAAGUAAAAGUGGUUUAGUAGAAGUGAAAUUAAAUGAUGAAGCAAAAUAUUUGACGUGUAGGAUUAUACCAGUCGACAUGCCCCUAAAAUUUGCCCAAAAUACGAAGCUUACAAAUUUAUACUCUGUAAAAAAUCUAGUUGAUAUAAGAAAAAGUGAGUAUCCAAAUUUAGAUGAUACUUUAAAUAAAAUAGAAAAUAUUAAAGAGUACAUGAAAUUCGAAAUUACUACUUAUGAGCUGAUAAAAACAGAAAUCCAAAGAUUUUUUAUUAAAUCUAAUGAUACAUUUCAAUCUAUAUCAAAAUCAUUUAGUGGAUAUUGCAUCCACCCAUGUAUUAUUGAGUUGAUGUUUUUAAUUGCAAAAAUUAGUAUUGGAAUUGGAACUAAUAAUUCGAUAAUAAACAUUAGAAAAAUUAUAAUCAAUGAGAUUUUGGAUACAUCUGCAUGUUUACAAUUUCUAUGUAUUUCUGUAUCAACGAAUUUUGUUAAUUUAUCCGACCUUGAUAACAACGUAUUUGCCGAAAUGGAGUUGUAUAAUACAUCCAGUAUUGAAUCUCCUUUAAUAGAUUAUACCAAAUAUUUGGAAACUUUGAAAAUAAAUAGUGAUAUAAACAUUAAAUCUAAAUUUAGAGAAUUGGGUUGGUAUACUGACUGGGAGAUAAUGAAAUUAACUAGUACAGAAAAUUUAGUAUCUAAGGUACUGGAUCCAACCUCUACUUUAGUUCUUGGUUGGAAUAACUUCUUUUAUAAUAGUAAGUAUAACAUCUUCAAUUACUGUAAUGUCUCAAAUAUUUCAGAAUUAUACUGUAUUCUCAAAGAGAAGUCCUGGACAAAUAUACUUUUCUGCACUAGCUUAUUUUGUCCAAGCGAAGUUGAGAUAUUAAAUAUAUUAACUGAGCUUUACAGUUUAGUGAAAACUGAUUGCUCAGUUUGGAUAAUUACAAAUAAUGCACAAAUAGUUGACUUAACUGAUAAUCCUAUGGCUAAGUUGCCAUUAAAUGGUGGUACUUGGGGAUUUUGCAAAAGUGCUAGAUUUGAAUAUCGCAUAAACUCUAUAUAUAUAGAUCUAGGUUUAUCUGAAAUCUCAACACUCUCAUUAGAUUGGUUAGUGGAUCUUAUUUCAAAGCUAGCUCCACUUACCAAUGAUGGAUAUUUAGAUAUUGCAGUUAGAUUUGAUAAUGGUUUGCAAAUAUUCACUCCUAAGUUAAAAUCAAUUGAGGAACUACCUUCCAUUGUAACUCAAGAGAAACACUUGCAAAGUGACCCAUUACCUGAGGCUGUAACAGAUGAAAUUAUUAUUAUAAGUGGGGGAACUGGGGCACUUGGACUAUUAAUUGCUGAAUGGUUAAUAGGUUAUCAAAAGCAAAGUAAAAUAAUACUUUUGUCAAGAUCUGGAAAGUGUUCAAAAAAUGUUAAGCAUAUUUGGAAUAAAGUCUCUACAAAUGGAAAUAUAGAAGUUGUUAAAUGUGAUGUAUCGGAUUAUACUUCUGUAUUAAACUUGAUCCAUGAUUUGACUCUAGGUCAUGAUAAUUCAUCUAAAAAGUGUUCCAUAGUGGGCAUAAUUCAUGCAGCCGGUGUAUUGAGUGAUUGCUUAAUCAAAAAUCAAACUUAUGAAAGUAUAGAAAAAGUAUACAAACCAAAGGUUAUAGGUGCUAUUAAUUUGCACAAUGCUAUUGAACAACUCUUGCCUUACAAGCUUAAAUUUUAUAUAACAUUUUCUUCAAUAACAUCAUUGUUUGGUAAUAUUGGUCAGUCUAAUUAUGCUGCAGCUAAUGCAGCUUUAGAUUCACUGAUGAGUUAUAGAAAGAAAGGGAAAUUUUCUAGUUUGCUAGACUUGAGCAUUCAAUGGGGACCAUGGGAUGAGCAAGGAAUGGCUACAGACUUAAAAGAUAGAGGAACACCUGGUAUUAAAAAAUUAAAAAAUGAAGAUUGUAUUCAGUGCCUUGAAUGGAUAUUUAAUUCACAUUACCAUUCGGCUACUUGUAAUUCUGAAAUUUACUCGAAAUCCCUACCACCUAUUUUAGCUAUUAUGGAUAUAAAGUGGCCUGAUUUCUUCAGAAUUUAUGAAGGAAAAAUUCCCAAGAUGCUAUGUAGUAUAGAGGAAGAAUCAAUACUGAAGUUAAAUGAAGAUAAUGAAGAUAGACAUAUAAUUAAUGAAAUUUUUAAAAAUAUUCCACAGACAGAAAUGAAUGGUUUCAUAGAUGCAACAAUUAAAAGUUGCGCUUAUGAAAUACUUGGAAUAUAUGAUGAGCAAUAUGAUCUUUCUAGUAUUGAUUCGCUGAUGGCUGUGGAAUUCCGGAAUUCUAUCCACUUAAAACUUGGAGUUAAAUUACCCGUAUCUCUGAUGCUUGAUAAUCCUUCCUUUGACGAUAUAAAAUCGUAUAUUUACACUGUAUGUAUCAAAACUUUGUCUGGAUUAAAUCUUGAAAUAGUGAAUGAUUCAAAACUGAGAAGAUGGAAGGAAAUUGAAGAUGAUAUCUCCCUUGAUCCAGAAAUAUCUGUGAAAAUGAAAGAUGGAAAGAUAGGAAAUAGAGGAAUAAAAUUACCCUCUGGAAUAAAUGCUUGUAUGAACUCUGUAUUUUUAACGGGAGGUACUGGCUUUAUGGGAACAUGCAUGAUUGAAACCUUAUCAAGGUUCAAUCCUGGCAUAACAAUUUGGGCAUUAGUGAGAUGUUCUGACAAAGAAAGUGGUUAUGAAAAAUUGAAAUAUAUGAUGGGUAUAUACGGGAUUCAGGAGGUACAAACGAUUCUGAAAGAGAAUAUCAAGAUAGUUGUUGGGGAUAUUUGUCUACCUAUGUUUGGUAUGAAUCUAGACUUGUACCAGAGUAUUGCCAACAGUGUUGAUGCAAUAGUCCAUAUUGGUGCUGUUGUAAAUUUCACAUCAGCUUAUUCUUAUAUUAAGAAUGCUAAUGUAUUAAGUAUAAAGGAAGUAAUUAAAUUUGCAAUGUCUCCAUCUCUAUGUUCUGGAAAUUGCUCUUCAUUAUCAUGUGAGAGAUGUAUAUUACCUAUUCACUAUAUUUCAACAUUGGGUAUUUUUUAUGAUCAUAUUGAGCAGCCCCCUCUCCCUCCAUAUUUGGCUGGAUUGGACCCAUUAGAUUUGAGUAUAUCAAGACGUUACUACUUGGAUAAUGGAAGACGCAUAUUUUAUGAGGAUGACCCCAUUCUAGAAAAUGACAAGGCAGGUAUUCACCAUCGUUCACUAAUGUUGGGAUAUUCUCAAUCUAAAUGGGCUGCUGAAAGAAUUCUCCGAAUUGCACGUCAACGUGGAUUCAAUAUAUCAGUAUAUCGUCCAGGUAGAAUAGGUGGAAAUAGUAAAACUGGAGUUUCUAAUAUUAGUGACCUACCUAAUGCCUUUGUAAAAGGGUGCAUUAUGAUGAAGUGUUUACCUGAAACAAAUAUGGCAAUACAUUUAGUAGCUGUUGACUUUUGCUGUGAGAUAUGUGCCUAUUCUAUGCAGAAACCCUUAAUUUAUGGAAAUAGUUACUAUAAUUUAGACUCAAGUGAUUGGGCAUGCAUGGAAGAUAUUCAGGAAGCUCUAAAAAGACUAAAUAUAGAAUUGAAUAUUAUUCCAUUUGAAGAGUGGUCCAAAUUACUAGAUAUAAGCAUUAGCAAAGAUAGAAAUCAUCCCUUAGCUCCUUUGCAGCAUAUGUUUGUACAUAAAAAGCCUUCUGAUUCAAUAAUGCCACUAUUUGAUAUGAGGCGUACUAUAGGUAUUAUCAAUGAUUCACAGGGCAAGGUGAAUAUUAGAAAUUGUAAUGUAGACUAUUUGACAACUUGUUUUAAAUAUCUUCUUGAAAAUGAUUGGUCAAAAUCAAUUGAUUUUAUAAAGCGGAGAACAAUUUUUAACUCAAUUAAUACUGAUCAUUGGUUUAUUGACAUGUCACCCGAGAUCUUGAUUAAUUCAGGCUCCCAAAAAGGAUUAUUUAUAUUUAUUGGUGAGAAAUACCUUGUAGCAGAACUUAUAAACUUUGCAAAUCAGCUGUGUAAAAUUACAAAACUUAGGUUUAUUUUGGUAUCACCACCUGAUGAUCUAAUUAAUGAUCCAAUAGAUGCAAUCAUUACUAUAAUAUCAACUAUAUUCGAGGCUGAUAAAGAUCGCAUAAAUACCUCUGUAGAAGAUAUGUCUUUAGUUAUUAGUGGGUGGUCCAUAGCUAGUUUUAUGGCUAUAGAAGUUUCUAGAAAGUUGGAUAAUGAGCUACUUUUAGGUAUAAAGUCAAAAUUACUUUUGUUUGAUCCAAUGUGUAUACUCGAAUCUAGAAGAGGUAAAGAAAAUAUAGAUGAACUUGCAUUAUCAAUUUUCAUGAAAUUGGUUGAGAACUCAACACAAAUAAAAUAUGCACUUCCAAAGAAUUUUGCUGAAGUAUUAGGAGAUAAGAACCCAAAGAUCCGUAUUUAUGAAACGAUAAAGUCCCAGUUACAAGAUACAUCUCUUAAAGAGAUUUUGAUGACGUUUGAACGUCUAAAGAAUCUUAUACGUACAAGUAUCCAUUACUUUAAAACUAAUACUGACUCACUUAGUGAUGAAAUAUACUUUGUUCUAUCACGUUCUGCAAUUUUUAGCAAUGUGUUUACCCCAAUUGGUAUUUACUCAUUUGUGAAUGUUCAAAAUGUAUUAAAUAUUCCAAAUAUAAGAAUAGUACAUCUUUCAGAUGGAGAUCACUUCUCUAUGCUCAGAAACCCUUAUGUUGACAGUUUAGUUGAUCAAAUAUCCAGUAUAAUUUAA